GGCUGCGCGGCUACCCGGGGCGGCGGCGGCUGCGCGGCUACCCAGGGCGGCAAGGCCCGGGCGGGAACCCGGAAAGCUGUAGGCAGGCAUGGAGGCCCUGCUGCUGGGCGCGGGGCUGCUGCUGGGCGCUUACGUGCUGGUCUACUACAACCUAGUGAAGGCUCCGCCAUGCGGAGGCAUCGGCAGCCUGAGGGGCCGCACGGCCGUGGUCACGGGCGCCAACAGCGGCAUCGGGAAGAUGACGGCCCUGGAACUGGCGCGCCGGGGAGCUCGCGUGGUGCUGGCUUGCCGCAGCCGGGAACGCGGAGAGGCUGCCGCCUUCGACCUCCGCCAGGAGAGUGGGAACAAUGAGGUCAUCUUCAUGGCCUUGGACUUGGCCAGUCUGGCCUCGGUGCGGGCCUUUGCCACUGCCUUCCUGAGCUCUGAGCCACGGCUGGACAUCCUCAUCCAUAAUGCUGGGAUCAGUUCCUGUGGCCGGACCCGUGAGGCCUUUAACCUACUGUUGCGGGUGAACCACGUCAGCCCCUUCCUGCUAACACACCUGCUGCUGCCCCACCUGCGGAUGUGUGCUCCUAGCCGUGUGGUGGUGGUGUCCUCAGCCGCCCAUCGACGUGGACACCUUGACUUCACACGCCUGAACCACCCAGUGAUUGGUUGGCGACAGGAGCUGCGGGCAUAUGCUGACAGUAAGCUGGCCAACGUACUGUUUGCCCGGGAGCUUGCCACCCAGCUUGAGGGCACUGGUAUUACCUGCUAUGCAGCCCACCCAGGGCCUGUGAAUUCAGAGCUGUUCCUACGCCACGUUCCUGGAUGGCUGUGCCCCUUUUUGCGCCCACUGGCUUGGCUAGUGCUCCGGACACCUGGAGGGGGUGCCCAGACACCCCUGUACUGUGCUCUACAGGAAGGCAUUGAGCCCCUUAGUGGCAGAUAUUUUGCCAACUGCCAUGUGGAGGAAGUGCCCCCAGCUGCCCGAGAUGACCAAUCAGCCCACAGGCUAUGGGAGGCCAGCAAGAGGCUGGCAGGCCUUGAGCCUGUGGAGGAUGACAACCCUGAUGAAGAGAUCCAGCCUGAGGAUCCAGGGGCCCCAUCUUUGAGCACCUCCCUUCCUGAAGAGCCCAUAGUUUCUGAAUUUUCCCCUGGCAAGCAGAGGUCACAAGACUUUUCUAAGUUGACACAACGAAUUCAGGUUAAAGCUGAGCCUGAGCCCCAAGGCUCCUAACUCCCAGGCCAGGAUACUUUCUGU